AUGGACCGCAUUCGAAAAGAGGCCCGCGAGGUCCUUCAGAGAAGCCCCUGGAAUCGACCCACCGUUUUAGAAUCGGCCCUGUCUGCUCGGCUGAGCUUGGCGCAGCUGUGGGAAGAUGUCUCAACUCAUGAUAAUUCCACCCGAUUGAAUAUCUGCGAGAGCCUCUAUGCUGCAUUGUCUUUCGUCGAUCUCGGCUACGAUACAAUGCUGUCGGAUGAUGGUGGACCAGCGCCAUUAAACAUGGCGGAUGCCACUGCUUUGAGCAACUUGCUCCAGUGGGCCAGUCACCAUGCUCGCCCUUCAUCUGAAUUUGCAGUCGAUUUUGAUGACCAUGCCGAGAUAGCCGAAGAUCAGAAAAUUGCCCAAGAAGAAAGCCGCCUGAAAUCAGAGAUUGCGGUGGAACUCAUUUUAAUUCUGGGCGCAAAACCAGUGAAUGGCCUCCAAGACCGCUCAAUCAUCAAAUCUCCCGGCGUCAUUGCAACCAUGGCCAGCUUCACUUCCAAGGAGGACCCAUGGAUCACCCAAACCAGCAUGGACUCUGCUGAAACGCAUAUUAAUGUUUCAUGCCAAUCCGGUAUCUGGCCCAUAAUUGAAAGAGUUCUCAGAGAGGAAAUUAGACCUCUUUUUACCAAGACCAGAAACCCUGCCAUCACAAGUGAGGGACGCAAGAACCUGCAUCCUAUGCCAUCCGCUCCCUUCGACGGAAGCAAGAUUGAUGACUCGACCAAGCCAUGGAAGAACACCGAUAUCUAUGCUACAUCUGUGCUAUCAUGGGCUAUCUCUCAAUAUCAGCCCACAGACAAAGCCCACCUCGAAGCACAUUUUCCACUCCUGGUGCCAGCAAUUCUCUCUUUGAUAGAUGAUAGCAGCAUCACGUUCAAGGCCAAAGGUUGCCACCUCCUCGUCAAGCUCCUAAAACCCAUUCAAGAAAGUGGCUCUGAUAUUCUUCUCCGAACCAACCUCGUGUCUGUCUUCCAGGAAGCUGUCACGGCCUGUCUUCUCUCGCUACCAAGCAUCACCCCCGAGGAAAGCUCCAUCCAAAUACUAGGAGCAGCAUAUCCCGCUCUCCUUGCACUCUUGAAAGCAGCUUAUCAACCUACGCUCAAUAAUCAAAAACCCUCACAGCUAGAAAAGAACAGGGAAGCAUAUUUGACCAACCUUACCAAAAUUCUUCGAUCGCACCUCAUUCCUUCCUUCCACCACAUCAGCUUCUCCACGCCAGCCUCCGCCACUACCUCCGCUUCUUUCCCUUACCCACGUCUGUCUACCUUCCUUCUCGGGUGGAUAUCAACUUUCUGCUCUGAACUGAAAAUCCACACAACAAAGUACCUGCAAGACAUUGUUCCGGUACUUUACACCACCCUCUCAAAUCCAUUUGGAACUGCACAUCUCCCACUUCUCUCUGCUGCCGUCUCAACCACCAGGGCCGUCAUCUUGAACGCGCAUCCUCGAGUAUGGAAGUGGCGCGGUGAAUUACUGGGUGGUCUUGCGGCGUGCUGGCUACACGUUGUUACAGACACGCAGAGUGAAAAUCGGAAGAAGGGGAAGUCAUCUGGAUUGAAGCGGGAGCUUCAGAGUGCAGUAUUUGCAUUGAAACACGCGCUGCAAAAUCCGGUUUCUGUGGUUGGGGAGACGCCGGAUCCAGACCAGCAGGCUGCUAAGGAAGGGAUUGAGGAUGAAUUACUAGCGCUUGUUGAAGCUGACGCAGCGCUAGAAGGCCUUUUAUUUCCCAAAGCCGACGGCUUCAAGUCCUGA